UUAAUAAUAAAAAACCAAAUCUUUAUAAUGCAGGACAACGAAAAAAUUCCCAUCCUUAUCGAAAAUUUCAAACUGGCUCAACUACUACCUUUUCCGGUUAUACCAAUAUAUCCAACUAUAAUCAUAAUACUAUUACUUCUACUAGUAGUAAUAAUAAUAAUUAUCAUCAACAACAACAAAAACAUUGUUAUAACAAUAAUAAUAAUAUUACUCAUUUAAAAUCUUUAAAUAGUAAAAAAAUACCUUGUCUUAUGUCUGUUGAUUUUUUUCAACAACCACCAAGAAAAAAUCGUCGUAAAAUACAGCAUGCUGAACAAUAUAAACAACAAACAUUAUUACAUCAGUACGAGAUAAUGAAACAACAUAAUAUUAAUAAUAAUAAUAAUAAUAAUAAUAAUAAUAAUAAUAAUAAUAACACGAAUACAAACCAAUAUAGAACAUCAACAUUAAAAAAGUUAAAAGGUUUAAUUUUAUCGGAUUCAAUGUGUAAAAUGUUAACAUUUUUAAAACAACAAAAAUUUGAUCGAAGUAGUAUAUUCCAAGCUGAUUUUGUUCUUUUCUCUCUAUGUACAAAUGAUGUUGCUAAUUUAGGUCCUGAACUUGCUAUAAAAAAUUGUCGUAUUUUGAUAGAACGUGUACGACAAUUAUUUCCUCAUUUGAAAUCAAUUGGAUGGUUAGCACUUUCACCGCGAUCAAAACCAUCUAAAUUAUUCAAUUCUAUAACUAUUAAUGAGAAUUAUCAGAAAUUUAACCAAUAUCUUAAUAAAUUAUCAAAAGAAAAAAAUUUCGAAAUAAUUAAUGCUAAUCUCCAACAUCACCACAUGCAUUAUGAUGGUUUACAUCCGUCAAUAGAUUCCGGGUGUGUUCUGAUCGAAAAAGCACUUUAUAAUUGGUUUGUAAAACAGACGAAACAUUUUUCUAUUACAUCACAUCAUCAUCCUACUAUUAUUGCCGAUCAGACUACAACUGCUCGUAAUAAUAAUAAUUAUCAUCAUCAUAAACAUACAGCUACUAAUCAUAAUCAUUAUAAUCAUGCUACUACAACUACUAAUAUUUAUCAUCAUCAUAAUUCUACUACUACUACUACUACUAAUAAUAAUAAUAAUAAUAAUAACCAUGCUAUUAAUAAUAAGAAUUCUUACAAAAAGAACAAUACAUUAAAAAAAGAAGAUUUAAAUAACUUAUCAAGUAAGCCAUUAAUACCACAUUAUCCACAUUUUCUACGACAUAAAGAUGAGUUCUUUCGGAAA